GAGUAUGGAGUAGUGGCCAUUGGUUGGGAUGAGUAUGGAGUAGUGGCCAUUGGUUGGGAUGAGUAUGGAGUAGUGGCCAUUGGUUGGGAUGAGUACAGAGUAGUGGAUAUUGGUUGGGAUGAAUAUGGAGUAGUGGCCAUUGGUUGGGAUGAAUAUGGAGUAGUGGCCAUUGGUUGGGAUGAAUAUGGAGUAGUGGCCAUUGGUUGGGAUGAGUAUGGAGUAGUGGCCAUUGGUUUUAGCAGUUAAUAGAUCAUUAAUGAGUUUUAGUUGGGCAGUUUCAGUGGAGUGGCCAAGAAGGUUGUCGGUGAGGGAGGAGCUCAGGCGAUUG